UCAGAAAGUUGUCCUAACUGCCGAAGAAAAACCAACUAUCUGCGGCCUCUUAUUAAAAAUAUCACAGUGAAUAACUUUGUUGAAAGCUAUAUCCAAAUCCGUGCUCUUGGUGGUGAUAAAGAUUGGCAAACUAAUGGGAGCAAGCUUGUUGAAUGGCUUGAAAGAAGAAGGUAG